AUGGCGACUCCGGCGCUAACCUCCUCUGGUACGACAAUGCUGUCGCCACCUUCUUCUCCACUCUCAGAAGCCGAGUUGCCAGUCAUUCCUACCAAUGACCUGGGCAUGAUUGCUGACGAUGAAUGCUCGCGGGAAAAGGAUCAAGCUGGACCAGCGGCAAACGCAAUCCGAAAACGCAGAGCUGCUGGUACACGUCGCAAGGUUACCUAUGUCUCUAGGCAUUUCACGAACGAGAUCUCCAAAGAUGAGCAGCAGGGCGAUGAUUUGAUGGACAAAGACAAGAUGCUCGACCAGACAAUAGGUGCAGACUUUGGAAAUGCUUCAGUCGUUGCCACACCGCCGGAUACGCCUGCCAAAGGCCGGGUCUACUAUGGACUCAAUGUCGAUGAGCUCUCGUCGGACUCCAGUCUCACCGAUGUGCCAGAUGAUAUCGGGCCUGACCCAUUUUUGCCACUCCUUCAAUCCCCUUCGGCUGGCCCCAGGACCGGAGAAGUCAAGAUCAAACCCAAGAAGCCCCGAAGGUCAACAACGUCGCCCUACUUCCCGCAAGCAAAUAAACAUCGACCUACGUUCCUGGCGACAUUGCCAUUCCCGCCUCUGUCCCACGAUAGGUUCGGCCUGAUGCAAGAGAGGCUGGCUCACGACCCAUUUCGUCUCCUUAUCGCUACCAUUUUCUUGAAUAAAACCCCUGGAGAGCGUGCAAUGCCUGUCUUCUAUCAACUCAUGUCACGAUACCCUACGCCGGCAGAUCUUGCUAACGCCGAGGUUAGCGACAUUACUUCGAUAAUCUACGGCCUAGGUUUCCAGAAUCAGCGGGCUAGAAAAUGCGUUGCAAUGGCAAAAGUCUGGCUCGAAAGACCCCCUUCACGCGGGAUGCGUUAUAGGAAGCACAAUUAUCCGUUGAAAGGCGACGGGCGAGAUGUCAAGCAAGACGAAGUCCUCGAUGACGGGGAUGAGCGUGUGGCGUGGGAGAUUUCUCAUCUGCCUGGACUUGGACCUUACUCUCAUGACAGUUGGCGCAUGUUUUGCCGGGAUCAGCUGAGAGGCGUCGCCAAGAGUUGGAACGGUGAAGGAGCAGAGGACCCCGACACCUUUGAGCCGGAGUGGAAGAGGGUGGUUCCCUUGGAUAAGGAAUUACGAGCCUACCUUACUUGGAUGUGGUUAAAAGAAGGCUGGGUUUGGAAUAAAGAGACUGGAAAGCGAACAAAGGCCAGCCAUGAGCUUCUGUCGAUGGCAAGAGGAGGCGGGAUCGUGUUAGAAGAGAAAGACUCUCCCCAUCUAAUUGUCAAAAGCGUCCAGGAGGACAACAUCGAUACCCUGAAAGAGGAGCGGAAAGUCGAGAGGACUGCCGGAGAAUACUUGCCCGAGAAUUCGACUCGACGGGCCUGA